GGAAUACCCUUUCAACCCGCCAAUCGCGUCCGUGGCGAACAUCAAUCAGUGCCACACGUGAUCAAUUGUAUUUAUCUUUAUAAGCCGUAUGGCUAGCAACAGUGGCUUAUCAGUUUGGUGGAGGCACUUCAAGUCAAUGAAUCCGACGCCCCAUUGGCCCUUUCCGUUCGACUGAGACCAUGAUUAGUCGAAUACCUGGGGCAUGGUGCGCGUGGCGAAAAGGCGGUGCGACAGCGACAGAAGGAUCAAAGAACAGCAAGAGCUGUCAACGGAGUUUCAAAAAUUAUCUUAUCCGUGUAGAGGGUAAUUUACUUUGUUACAAGUUUCAUUUUGGUUUACAGACGCUACUUAUGAAGUUUAUUUCACAGUUAGACGCUAUCGAAAAGUAUGCGCAUAGUACAUUGCACGUGAAAUCAGGUAUACCCGCCGUUUACAAUGCAGAAUUGGUUAAGUAUUGUCGGUCGAAAACUUUGCUCCAACAACGAUAACAAGCAGGUGCAGAAAAUUCACUGUAUCUUUCGGAAAUAACAUAACAGCUAUUGAUUGAACACACGCACAGGUCAAGCAGCCGCAGAAAUAAUUUAUACAAGAGCAAGUAUAUUCUGAAUCCAGAAAGAAAGGUGUAUUAAAGAGAAUAUUAUAAUGGCUGUUUCCGACCCACAUGCUGCAUUUAACUACCCAACUGAUCAGGAUAACUAUGAAACAAGUGUGCAUUCUUAUAACCAUCAAAACCCCGAGGAAACGUGUUCGGUAAGUGUGAACAAAGAUGAGACGAAUGAAAAUGCGCUAGAAUUGACUAAGAACGAGGAAUUGGCAAAAUUAAAAGCGAAGAAAAAAGGGGCUAAGAAAAAACGGCAGAAAGAAAGUAAGAAAGUAGAAAAGGCUAAUAACAGUUGCGAUGCAGAGAAUAAAAACAAUAUAACGGCGCAGUCAAAAAUAAGUUUGAACUCCGUUUUAAGUUGUAAGACUAGCAAGACUAAAACUGCUGAUAAUGCAUCGAAUGAAAAGGUAGAAAUUAUUGAUAAAGAAGAGGAAGCCGACGACGAAUUUUUGGACUUGAAUGCUGCGUUUGUUAAAGUCUCUGUAAAGCAGAAUAAACAUAUCACUCUAAACAAACCGACCGUCUCUAAACCAAACAAAGUUAAUCGACCUGAAGCUAUUAAAAGUUCUGCCUCGUUGCCCCAGUCCGGUAAACUGGACAUGAGCAAAGCAAACCAUGAUACGGCUGAAAUAUUGGGCAUUCAAAGCUGCAAAGUUGUUCUUGUCGAUAAAGAUUUUCAUCGAGCAGUUAAGAUUCUGACUCAGGCCAUUCUCCUUGCUCCAGAUGACCCUCGCCAUUAUAUUAAUCGCAGCUACUGCUACCUCAGACUUGGUCAAUAUACUGCAGCACUGAACGACGCUCAAUUUGUGAAAAAGAAUGCGCGGACAAUGGAACAAUCUAUAAAGGCUCUUGCCCGCGAAGGGCAAGCCUUGCGUGGAUUAAAACAAUACCAUGAAGCAGAGAAGUGUUUUGAUGAAUUAUUGAAGCUAGAUCAACGAAUUGACUGGGUACUCGGAGAGUUGGUUGUGGUACGUUUGAUGCAACUUACAAGUAUGGGUUUUUCUAAAAUGGACUCUCUUAAGGCUCUGCAACAAUGUUCAUCUGUUACUGAUGCAGUGACAUUGUUGACAUCAGGAAAUAUAAGUAGUUCAGAAUUAGAGAGUAAUAUUAAUACGCCCGAGAUCGAAAAUUGCGAUGGCGACGAAGUUUAUUUUUCUGACGACGAAUCAAGUAGCACAAUUUUAUUAUCCAAACUGAUAUCUGAUAUAUCAUACAAAUCUAGUUAUUAUAAAAAUCUACGAUCCCAACCAUUUUCCUCCUCUAAGGCCCAAGAGUUUUGUAGCAGCUUGGAAAGAUCUUUGAAGAGUAGCAUUUCUAUGGAAUCCCUUCAGCGAACCAAUGACAAUGAUCAGUGGGAAGUUCAGGGUAACUCGAAAUCACUAAUGAGCACUUAUAAACCUCAAAAACCAAAAGUUAUAGCAAAUGAUAGCAGUACCAUUUGGGUUGGCAAUAUCGAAAAGAAUGUUACAGACCUUAAAUUACAGGAAUUAUUUUCAAGAUUUGGCUCUAUAAAUUACAUUCGACGAUUCCCGGAUAAACGUUUCGUGUUCAUUGAUUUCAAUAGUAAAAAAGCUGCAACGAAUGCGUUAAAUAGCGUGAUAAAUUUUCAAGUCAACGGGAUACAAUUACCAGUAAAACCAUCCACAGGUUCUCUGACAAAUAAAUGAGGAAUGCAUUUAUUAUUAUAUCAAUAACGGGAUUUACAUUCAAUUUAAAUAUUUCAUAUUCAGCAUAUACGGCACCUGAUUUGGAAUGCGAAAUCUGGGGGAAAAAAAAACUGAUUUUAUUUUUAAUAUUUGUAUGCUUACGUUGUGUGAUGUAAAAUCAAGUUUUCGUAUGAUGACGUGUGAUAUUUUUAAUUCAUUAUACAUAUUCAUAUUUUCAGCCAAUACUGCGGAAGGAAUUUAUCAAAUAUAUUACAGCCUUCUCGGUUUAAUAGGUUUUCAUGUUUUGUUUUAUUUUUAUUCUACUUUUCUCACUUAUUUGACUUAGAUUAUUUGGAUUGCUUGAAAAUAAGUGAAAACUGUUACUUCGAGUAAUUGUAUGAAAAAGAGACAGCACUCUGAAAUAGGGAUGUGCCAGAUAUCCGUUAACUAUCCGGUAUCCGGCCGGAUUAUCGGAUAGCAAUAAUCUGUUCAGAAGAUGAUUAUACUAUUACUCAAGAUGAUAGGAAUGGAAAAAAAUUAAAGUGGACAAAACUGAAAUAAGUAGGAAAUGAAGAUUCUCAGUUUCACACUUCAAUUUAGGUAACCUUACUUUAAAAUCCAGAAUUUGGCGAUUUUCUCGUACCAGAUACCGGAUAUCCGGUAUCCCGGAAGAAAAACAAAUCGCUAUCCGGCACAUCCCUACUCAAAAGUCUGACUAUGGAUAAAAAUAUGAAGGAACAGUUUCAGUAUUUCAAAUAUUUGAAAAUCAACUUGUAUCUUAUACCUGCCGCACAAAAAUUUUCAAAUAUCAUCUAGAACACACAAGAUUUCCCUUACGAUGUGAUAUUAUCAUUAUAAAUUUCAUACUUGAAGUGGUAUUUUGUAACCUGUAAUAUAAAUCGAAAUAAGAACAGUUAUCUUUUAGCUAAUUUAUUUCAGAACUUCCUAAAAUACUGUAAAAAAUAGUUUUCACAAAGUAGAAGCUUACAGAAAAAAUGGUAGUUAUUACUCUCAACAACGCGUAUGAAGAUAAGAAAUCGAAAUAUUGUAUGACAUCAUUUAUUGAUUCAGAUAUAUAGUGGUGAUUCAAUAAGUUUGAAUCUUCUUUAAAAAUAUACGUUUCAUCAAUUGACUCAUUCGCAGAAUAAUCAACCGGAAGUUCCAUUAAAUACACGAUACAUUUGCAAAUUCUGCAGUAAAAAUAUCCUGACAAGUCAUUCUUAUCAAUUGUUCAUUGUUGAUCCUGGUGCUUGGGUCGAUGGUAAGGGGUUGAAAUGCUUUGGCCAUGUCUGAAAGGUAGAAAAUUAAUAAUAUAUAGAUAAUUCCGUGCAAGGCAAGUAGCAACUUUCCUACUUUUAAAACUUGAAGGAUAUGCGACACUCAUGAGACAAAGCUUUGAAUUUUUGGACAAAAAGGUGCAUAAAAUUGCUGUUGUAAAUCGUACUGGAUUAUUGGGUGCAUGUUUACUUUUUUUACUGGUGGUUUGUUACAAACUGCUGUGAAGUGAUUUAGCAUUCCACAAUUCUCACAUCGCUGUCCCUCUGCAGGGCACCGCAUCGGCUCAUGGCACGUAUUGCAGUUACGGCAGUUCGACGUUUUGUUAUAUAGUUUAUUAUACACCGCAUUGUGAGACGGUUUUUGCUGAAGUUCUUUUGGCUCAUGGAAUUUGGAAGCGGAUUCAUUUUGUUCACGGCUCUCCCAUAUCUCGACGGCUCGGCUAAGGGACAAAUCU